AUGUAUGAGAAGUUAACCAUGCUGAACCUGCAGAGCGGCUCAAACUGGAGCGGGCCUAACAACUGGUACCAUGACCCCACGGGAGUUCAGACACAGCACAACACAGUGUCUGAGGGCUGUCUGCUGGACACGGAGGGCAGCAUGGGGGGAGAGGCAGGGGGAGGAGGAGCGGGCAGAGGGGGAGGAGUCCCCGUGGAGCGGGACGAGGGCGAAGAGUCUCAGCUCAGGCUGCAGCUCAAGAGGAAGCUGCAGAGGAACAGGACCAGCUUCACACAGGAGCAGAUCGAGGCUCUGGAGAAAGAGUUUGAAAGGACACAUUACCCAGAUGUCUUUGCGAGGGAGAGAUUGGCAAAUAAGAUCGAUUUGCCAGAGGCCAGGAUACAGGUGUGGUUCUCAAAUCGAAGAGCCAAGUGGAGGAGGGAGGAGAAGCUGCGCAACCAAAGGAGGUCAGGGGGUGUGACUUCCUGUUCGCAGAGCCAAGCUCCUCUGACCACUUCCUUCAACACAUCUGUCUAUCAUCAGCAGCACGGCAGCAGUUCAGGGUCCAUGUUGAGUCAGGCUGAGUCGUCCCUGCCCAGCUACAGCUCCUUGUCAGUUUUCUCAUCUGGAGUCCAGUCUAUUCCUCCCCAGUCGGCCUCCUCAUACUCCUGCAUGUUACCUCCAUCCCCGUCUGCCCCGCGAAGCUUUGACUCAUCGGCGUACUCCUCCCCUCAUCUGCAGACUCCUCCCUCGGCCAACACCAACACCGGGCUCAUUUCGCCUGGCGUUUCAGUGCCGGUCCAGGUCCCAGGAGCUGAGCAGCAGAGCAUGAGUCAGAACUUGGGUCAGUACUGGGCCAGAUUACAGUGA